AUGGAAAAAUUCAUUUUUUAUUUGAGCGCCCUGACCAAUCAGUGUGGACUAAUUAUUUUGGGUAAUAGUGGUGCUGGCAAAUCAUUUAUUUGCAACAUCCUAAUUGGAAAAGCUGUGUUUGCACAUGCAUAUCAACCAGAGGCUGUUACACAUAAUACAGAUUUUUAUGAUGUCAUACUUGAUUCAACAACGUACAGAGUGUUCGAUAUACCAGGUUUAAUUGAACCUGACCAAAAACAAAUUGAUUCAAAUGGAAUUGAAAUACAAAAAGCGUGUAAAUUAUGUCCAUCAUCGGUUGUUCUGUUCGUUUUUAGUGGUGGUUGUGGUGGACGACUUUUGGAAGAAGAUCUUAUUACAUUUCGAGCCAUAAAUGAAGCUUAUAAAUUUGAUUUAAAAUCGUUAGUUUUCGCUAUAAAUAAUUUGUCACCGACACGUGAUAAACAAUAUGAAGGUAAAACAACUAUAGCAUUACAAAAAUAUUUAAACUUAAGUGACGUUGACGUAUGUUUUCUUAAUCAUAUUGAUAUUAAUAAUCCCUCUGAAAAAGACAGUUUUCGUCAUGAACUUGCAAUAUAUAUCGCUAAAGGUGAGCCCACUGCUCACACAAGUUACAGUAAUAUCGAAAUACAUUUAGAAGAUAUAAAGCAAUUAAAAAUGGAAUUUAAAGAAAACAUAAAAGAAUUUCAACAACGAAUCCAGGAAUAUCAACAACAAAUUAAUAAUAAACAAAUAGAAUAUGAUAAUUUUAGAAGUAAAGCUGAAACAGAUAUUAAAAAUUUGAAAGAAAAAUUGUGUGAAUAUGAGAAAAAGCAAACGGAUUAUGAUAAUCAUACAAAUGCAGCGGCAGCGGAAAUCGAUAAUUUGAAAAAACAACUUGCUAAACGCGAAUGCCUGAUUUCAUAA